CCACUGUUGGGCAGCCUACCAGCCGGCGUGACACCGCUGCUGACCAAUGGUGCAGAGCAUCUUGCGGUGUUCGAGCGGUUCGUCCGUGACAAGACUCAGACGGAUGGGAAAGCACACUCCCAAUAUGGAGUUGAUGGUUCCCGACGCAGAUUGACUAUGCUGAACCUCUCAAUGAGUCCCCAGGGUGAUGCACGUGGAGUCCUCAGUGCAUUGGUUGAUUUUCGGCAUGAGAAUCCAGGGGCAGAUAUGUCGAUUGUUGUGUCCAAGCUCGGGCCCAGUGGCUUCCUGGAGUCCGCGGAAUAUUUCAUGUACCUCAAAAUCCUCGCGGACCAUGACAUUCGUGUCAAUAUGUUCACGGGUGCUGAUAAACCAACACGACAGGUCAUCCAUGGGAAGGCAGUCAUUAUUGACAACCAAGUACUUUUCAGCACCGGGGCCGUCAUGGACGCUCAGCCAAUCAAUAAAGCCGAUUUCUCUAUCGAAUUACCUCCAGGAGCCGCUACGUUAUUCUGUCACUAUACAGAUAAGGCCAUUCACAGGGAAGCAACCAAUGAGCUUCGUGCUGCGCUUGCUUCUGAGCUUGCAAAUUUGGGUGUUGUCAUCAAUGACCCAGUCGCAAGUCUGCCAUGGAUAACCCGCGCGCAGGACGCUUUGAUUCGAGGGGCACAGCACUCACUAAUUCUCAACAUAUCAGAGCUGGUUGAUCCCACGAUGGCACUGCUAUUGAUUGACCGCGCUGCAAGUGGCGUUGAUGUCAUCCUUCAGGUCCGCGAGGUUGACCCGAAAUCUGCGCUACUUCUCGCGGACGGAAUAAUGCGCUGCUCCAAUCUCCACGUAGAAGAUACAAGCUGGUGGGAGCCUCGCCCGCACUUCAAUGCGAUCAUCGCUGACGGACGCUCCGCAUAUCUCGGCUCAUCCUACCUUUGGCCAACACAGUGCCAUAUGGUUCACCAGGGUCGUUCAUUCGAAAAUGGUGUUUUGCUUUGUGGAGAUGCUACAACAAGACUUAUUGAGCAGCUUGAUAAUCUCCGU